AUGAGCAUCUCCGUGAACGGGCAUUCGGUGGUGCCGCCGGGGUUCCGGUUCCACCCCACGGAGGAGGAGCUGCUCACCUACUACCUCGCCAAGAAGGUGGCGUCCCAGCCCAUCGACCUCGACGUCAUCCCCGACGUCGACCUCAACAAGCUCGAGCCAUGGGACAUCCAAGAGCGCUGCCGGAUCGGCACAGGCCCGCAGAACGACUGGUACCUGUUCAGCCACAAGGACAAGAAAUACUCGACGGGGACGCGCACCAACCGCGCCACCGCCGCCGGGUUCUGGAAGGCCACCGGCCGGGACAAGGCCAUCUACUCUGCCGCCGGCUCCGGCCGCAUCGGCAUGCGCAAGACGCUCGUCUUCUACAAGGGCCGUGCCCCACAUGGCCACAAGUCUGACUGGAUCAUGCAUGAGUACCGCCUUGACGACGCCGUCGCCCCUGUGACCAACCCCGUCUUUGCUGCCGGCGACACAAGUUCCUACUACUCCGGCAUCUCAUCCCCGGUUCACGGCGUGCCCAGGGACCAGUCGUCGUCGGCACAGGAGGACGGGUGGGUCAUCUGUCGGGUGUUCAAGAAGAAGAACAUCGUCGUGCAGCACCAAGCUGGUCAGAACCGCGGCGGUGGCGUAGCGUCCAACAAGCUGGUCGGCGCCGGUGCCAUGGAGCAUAGCCAGAGCAACUGCUCGUCGACGGUGACCGCGGCCAGCGAGAAGGCCAAGGCGCAGAUGCACCAGCAGCAGCACCUGCCGCACAGCGACGACGCGCUCGACCACAUCCUCAGCUACAUGGGCCGCUCAUCCAUAGCAUCGUGCAAGCAGGAGACCAAGCCCGCCAACCCGUCAUCGUCAGCGCUGGACCACUUGAUCAACAACGUGUGCCACAACGGCACCAGCACCCUGUACGACAAGUUCAUGAAGCUCCCACCGCUCGAGCAUGUCAUCCCCGGCGGGCUCCUGCCCCGGCCGUCCGAGUACAGCAGCGACUGGGAAGCUCUCGAGCGUCUCGCCGCCUACGAGCUCAACGGCCUCUCUAACCCCACACUGGACGAGACGACCAAUGACAUGUUCUACAUCGCCGACGAGCUCGGUGGUGCCACCUCCUACUCCCGCGAUGGCACGCUACACAUUCCCUCUGUCACCGGGUCCGACGACGACGACUUGUGGAGCCUGGCGCGGCCGGUGUCAUCGCUACACGUAGAAUUGACGAUGGCCUGGUUUAAGGCCGUCGGAUGCUGA